AUGGCGGGACUGGAAUGCGUCACAAAUGAUGACAGCACACGUGGAAACUCGUCACUUGGACUGUCGAGGAAGCCCAACAACUACCACUACGAUGUUUUUCUCAGUUUUAGGGGCUCAGAUACCCGCUACACCUUCACUGGUAAUCUCUAUAAUGCUUUGCGCCUCAAGAGAUUCAAGACCUUCAUGGCUGAGGUUGGAUUGAAGAGUGGCGACCAAAUCGUAUCCUCUAUUCUUGAUGCAGUCCAAGAAUCAAGGAUUUCCAUUGUUGUUCUUUCCGAGAACUAUGCAGAUUCCGGGUGGUGUCUUAGUGAACUAGUCAAGAUCCUUGACUGUACAAAGGAGAAGAACCAACUGGUUUUGCCAAUCUUCUACGAUGUGGAUCCCUCCGAUGUAAGGCGUCAGACAGGUACUUAUGAACAUGCCAUGGCUAAACUGGAACAUCGGUUCGGAAAAGACUAUGAGAAACUGGAGAGAUGGAGGUCAGCUUUGUCUGAAGUCGCCAACAUGUCUGGAUGGCAUUUCAAAAUUGGGUACUGUGGCUACGAAUAUGAACUUAUCCAAGAGAUUGUGGAACAAGUCACCCGAAGCUUGCCCCGCUACGAUGUUUUUCUCAGUUUUAGUGGAAAAGAUACCGGCUACUCCUUUAGCUGUUUUCUCUAUAAUGCUUUGCGACACGAGGGAUUCAAAACCUUCAUGAAUAACGAGCGAUUGGAGGACGUGGACCAAAUUUCAGAAUCUCUUAUUAAAACAAUUGAAAAAUCAAGGCUUUCAAUCAUUGUUUUUUCUCAAAACUAUGCAUGUUCCUCCUUGCGUCUUGAUGAACUUGUCGUGAUCCUUGACUGUAUGAAGAGGAAAAACAGAUUGGUCUGGCCAAUCUUUUACAAAGUGGAACCGUCGGAUAUAAGGCAUCUAAGAAAUAAUUAUGGCAAAGCCAUUGAAGCACAUGAAAAUAGGCUAGGAAAGGACUCCAAGAAGGUGCAGGAAUGGAGGCUAGCUUUGUCUCAAGUUGCCAACUUGAAAGGAUGGCACUUGAAAUCCGGGUACGAAUAUGAACUUAUCAAAAAAAUUGUGGAUUGUGCCCUUAAAAUUUAA